GUUACAUUAUCCAUCAAUUCCCCCAUUCAUCCGCAAUAAUACAGACUAAAGUCGGCCAACAAUUAAGUCGUAGAUGUCAUGCGCUAUGGGUGGACAAAUUCAUUUACAUUACACACGACUGUGAUACCUAAUAAUUCCGGAGCAACUGCGGAUCAUCGUGGAUCCACCUAAGCAAACCGAAAUCACUCGGUUGGCUGACUCCAAUGUGAAUCGUUGUCGUGGCGCGGUGACCUGUGACUUUGUAUUGUGAAGUUCGAAAAAAAAAUGCAAAUCUUAAGAUUAACUGCCUGCAUCGUAUUCGGUGUUUGCUUUCGAGAAAUUUUCGCCGAAGAAACCAAGACGUUUCCAGGUGCUGAAAUUAUAAUCCCCGCCGUUAUAGGACAAGUGGCUCCUGCCGUUAUUGGUGCCAUCAUCAGUGGGAUCGGUGGAAUAGCGGGUGGUGGUGGGGGAGGCCUUCUUCCACCUGUCCCCCCUGUACCACCCAUCUCAGUUUCCCAUACGACGGCGGUAGCUACCUCCAUCGCUAAUAAGCCGAUUGCAGUGAGUGGAUCCCUCUCGACCAACUCCCACACGAACGCGGGUUCGCAAGCAACAACGGCCGGUUCUGGGUCGCUCGUUGCCAUCUCGAGCACCGCAGUAACCAACCCGCUCCGAAACCUCUCCAAGCGGUGGCAAAAGUUCUUCAAGAACAUCCGAUGAAUCCGGUUCCAGCUCCGUCAUCGGCACCAUUAGGUAAAACGAUACCCGUCGCCGCAGUGGAAUAAUCUGCACAGAAGAAAGUUUAUCCGAAAAGUAAUAAAGAAAAAAAAACUCCAACGAAUCGGAAGAAUAACAAAACUGA